AUGAUCGAAAGCUUGAAGGACAUGAAACACGGAAAGAGCAACAGCUACGAAGGUCUGACACUGGAACGGACAGCAAACCAGAUAUUGCAUCGUAUGGAGGACAAGGACAGCGAAGACUCCUUGGAAACGAACGCCCGCGCGAUCUACGGCGCGAGUCGUCUCCUCGACGUGAUAAGCUUCGCACCGACUUCUUCGCGAAAAAUCGGAGCCGCCAUCGUCGAGCACAAUCCGACCAGUAGAUCAUACAUACACUGCUGCUCAGCGAAAGAGGACUCGCGCCUAGCUGCUAUAGAACACCUACUCGUCAUUACUGAAGACAUUCUCAACCGAAUGCUGGAUGCGGAGGGCAUCAGCAGUAGUGGAUGGCUACCAGCGACAGCCCAAGCACAACAUGCAGCAACAUAUGGCAUGCCCUCCGGAUCAGGAGCGAGCACUAUAAGCUGCGGCAGCGUGGCGGGAAGCGUGGCGAACAGUCGAAGAAGCAGUGUUGCACCUCAACAAGAACUCAUCCAAGCUAGCUACAUCAACGAUUAUCAUUCGCCACAUUCGCAUCACCACAUUCAGACUAGGCACUUUAUUCGUGGUAACAGUGAUACCUCUUUCAACUUUGACCGGACGACACCACAGCCGCCUAUACUCCAGCGGACAGCCAGUGAUGUCAUACAGCAGCCAAAGCCGGUGCCUGUUUCUCAGCUGCCUGGCCGCGGGCCUGUCGGAGGAAGAGGCGUGGCGUGGAAGUUGGGGAGCGAGGACUGA